AUGCAAAAGUCACAUAAUAUAAAGAACAUUAACAUAAGAAUGAAGUAUGGUCAUUUUUUUUACUUCUUCAGAAGAAUUGUAAGAUUUAAAAAACUAAAAAAAAGGUAUGUUAAACAAUAUAAAAAAGAAAGGAAAUUAGUUCAAAAAAUUAAUAAAAAAAAGUUUAAUAAAAAAGAAAAAAUAAAUAAAUUAUAUGGUAUUAUAAAAAAGGAUACAGGAAAGAAUAAAAAAAAGGGAAAAAUUAAUAAAAGACUUAAUGACAAAGUUAAUAUUAAAAAAAAAAAAAAAACAGAUAAUAAAACAGAAUCCAAUAAUUUACUAAAUAAUGAAAAAACAAAAAAAGUAAUUAAAAUUAUAGGAAAAAACAAGAAAAAAAAAAAAAAUGAUAAAAGUUUUACUCAAAAAAAGUUAGAGAAUAUAAAUCAUUACAAAAAAAAAAAAAUAAUUAAAAAAAAACAUAAAAUUAAAGUUGGCAAUAAGGAAAAUAAAGCGGAAAUAUCAAUAUUUAAAGAAAAUAAUCAAGUUAUACAUAUAGAAAAGAUUAAAAAUGAUUGCAACUAUAAUACUUCAAUCAAUGAAAAAUCCCAUGAUAUACUAAACGAGAUAUUUAGAAUACAAUAUUCAACUAAUCCAUUUAAAAAUAAUUCAAUGCUAAACUAUGCAAAUAAAAAUAAUGCAAUAGAAAAAUCUGAUAAUAAAAAUAAUAUAACGGAGCUAUAUUAUAAUAAAAAUAAUGUAAAAGAACUACAUGACAAUGAUAGUAAAUUAAUACAGAAAUUCUAUUCCAAAAAUAAAACAACAGAUAACAAUUUUAGUAAAGAGAUGUUUAAAUAUUUUGUUUCUAGAUGUAUCGAUUUAAAAAAUUAUAUUGUCAAAUACAAUUCAAGUUUUAAAAAUAUUUUUAAUAAUUUAUUUAAUGAAUAUAUGUUUCUAAAAAAGUAUAUAAAUAGUAAUCAUAACGCUUACCAUAAGUUAACUUUUUUUUUCAGUUGUAAACAUUAUUUAAAAAAGUUCAAUUAUUUUUUGUCUAUGUUUUACGAUGUUAUAAAAGAGAAUGACGAAGAUUUAAUGGUAGACUUAUAUAAAGAGGUAAAAAUCAAUAGAAGAUUAUUGUACUAUAUAGGAAGAAUAUUAUCAAAUUAUUUAACAUGUAUAGCUUAUAAAAAAAUGGUAUAUAUAAUUAUCAUUUGUAUUUCAAGAGUUCAUACAGUUUUAAAUUGCCUUCUUAUAUCAGAACCUUUUAAAAGUAUUAUACCUGAAUUAUUAGAUAUAAUUAAUCAUAUUAAAAUAUAA